UACGUUCAUUUUGUGAAGAAGAGGGAAAGUUGCUAACCUUCUUUCUCUGAAUUGUAGGUUAUGUUUGGUGUUUUGUGAUCUGUUAAAUAUUUUUUAAAAUGCCACCUACAAUUCAAAACGGGUCAAAUGCCGCUGAAAAGCGACCUGUGAAACCAGCAGAAAAAAGGUCUGAUUUAAUUUGCAAAGUAAAAUAUUGUAAUACACUUCCCGAUAUACCGUUCGAUUUAAAAUUCAUCUCGUACCCGUUUGAACCGACCAGAUUUAUUCAAUAUAAUCCCACAUCCCUGGAAAGAAAUUAUAGAUAUGAAGUAUUAACAGAACAUGACUUGGGUGUAGGAAUUGACCUUAUUAAUAAGGAGAUAUAUUCUGUUGAAUUUGGUGCACAGCUGGAUCCUGCUGACGAAAAACUUUUGGAAGAAGACAUUUUAACACCACAAGAUUCUAAAAGAUCCAGACAUCAUGCUAAAUGUGUGUCCUGGUUACGUCGUACAGAGUACAUUUCCACAGAACAGACAAGAUUUCAGCCACAAACAAUGGACAAAGUGGAAGCCAAAGUUGGUUACAGUAUUAAAAAGAACCUUAAAAAUGAGACUUUGUACAUGGAUCAUGACUCUCAGAUAAGAGCCAUUGAGAAAACGUUUGAUGAUACUAAGAUUCCCAUUGAAAAGCAUUACAGCAAACCAAAUGUGGUACCAGUUGAAGUUUUACCGCUAUAUCCAGAUUUCAGUUUGUGGAAAUAUCCUUGUGCACAGGUUAUUUUUGAUUCUGAUCCAGCUCCUGUAGGCAAACAGGUUCCAGCUCAAAUUGAAGAAAUGUCUCAAGCUAUGAUUCGUGGUGUCAUGGAUGAAAGUGGUGAACAAUUUGUUGCCUACUUCCUUCCAACUGAAGAUACCCUAGAGAAACGUAGACAAGAUUUUAUCAACAAUGUUGCAUAUCAAGAUGAUGAAGAGUAUGAGUAUAAAAUGGCCAGGGAGUACAACUGGAAUGUCAAGAGUAAGGCUAGCAAGGGCUAUGAGGAGAACUACUUCUUUGUGGUGCGUCAGGAUGGUAUUUACUACAAUGAGUUGGAGACAAGGGUUAGGUUAAGUAAAAGAAGACAAAAGGUUGGUCAACCUGCAAGCAAUACCAGACUAAUUGUGAAACACAGAACCAUGGAUGGCAACGAAUUUAGAAUGCAGAGAUACAGGGAAAGACAACUAGAACCACCUGGUGAGGAUGAAGAAGAAUUCGAGCCGGAACCAGAGGAAAUACAACAGCAAGAUGAAGAAAGUCAAGCGGGAUCCGACCAAGAGAAAGAAGAUGACAAAGAGGAAAAAGGAAGCAGUGAUGGGGAAAGAUCAAGAGCCUCGUCAAGGGCAUCAUCAAAAAGAUCCUCUUCAAGAUCCAGAUCCAGGUCUAAAUCCAAGUCCAGGUCAAAAUCUAGAUCGCGGUCACGGUCACGUUCGCGAUCAAAAUCCAAGUCAAAAUCCAGAUCAAGAUCAAGAUCCAAAUCGUCAUCUAGAUCCCGUUCGCGCUCUAAAUCAAGAUCCAGGUCAAGGAGUGCCUCUAAAUCCCCAUCCCGUUCCAGAUCCAGAUCAAAAUCCAAAAGCAAAUCUAGAUCGAGAUCCAGGAGCAAGUCGCAAAGCAGAUCGCGCUCAAGAUCCAAAUCAAAGUCUCGCUCGAGAUCCAGAUCUGGAUCGGCGUCUGGAUCUGAUUCUGGAUCGGGUUCUGGCAAGUCUGACAGUGAGUAGGUCAACAAUAUUUUACAUAAAAUUUGGUUUUGUGACUUAGUCUUAAUAAAUAACUUACAUU